CUCAUGUGCCGUCAACCCGACACGGAGCGAGCUGGGGUCAGUCGUAGGCUGAGCUCCAUUAGCCGGGACAGCCGGGGCCGCCCCGGCGCUUUCUCCGUCCGUCACUGGCAGCUCGGAGUCCGGGCCCCUUCCCCCGCAGCAGUAGCGGCAGCUGAGCCAGUCGGGCCCCCGCCCUGCGCGGCUAGAGAGCCGGGGGCAGCGGCCGCGCUCGGAACCCAAGUGCGGGCUCUGGGGACAGGAGAGGAGGGGAGGCGCCGCCGCACCCGGGGCGGGGAGAGAGGCCGGGCUGGCUGCCUGGGCAACGGGAGCGGCCUGCAGGAGGAGACAAGGUGAUGUUGGUUACAUCUGAUGUUGUGAAGUGGUUCCAGCUCAGCCAAUCCAUCAUUUUGCUGAAUUCCUCCAGUUCCUUCCCCUUCUAUGCCUGCUGUGGCUGAUGCUUCACUUAACAAAGAUAUUAGUAUUCUACUUUGGUGACCAGCUGGAUUGAAUACUCGGUGCUUUGAAGAGGAGUAGAUGGAAUCAGGCCAGAGUUGCAGCACUACUCUUUCAGACUAUUUUGAGGAUACAUUUGAAUCCUUCAGUGAGGAGGAGGAAGCCUGCAGGCAAUACGAGAGUGAACCGUUUGAAUCUUAUUGUUCCACAGAGGAGUUGGAGUGGCCUGCUGCUGUGUUAGAUAUAUCUGAAAGCGUAUGGCAGUCAAUAAGCCAGGAUGAUGAAGGUGAUCACUCUGAGUUGUCAGACUCAGAAACGAUAGAAAAAGAGUUGACUGGAAAAUGGAUCAGCCAUCUCAAAAAUAAAGAUAGCAUUAAGCAAGGCAAAUCUAUCAUCACACACACAGAAAUUACUGAAGUAUCAGAUGAAGAACUGGAUGCUCUGCAGUCUUUUUGCGCCAUUAAGAUAAGCCAGAUCCAUCAUCAGUUGAACUCUAAGCAAUCAAACAGCAGCAAACAUAAAGAUCUGCAGCAUGGAUUCACUUCAGAGAAGCCAGUGAUAGGUGACUUGAACUGUACUAUUCCUGAUCAGCUAGUGAACAGAAUCCAUCUGAAAAAUAUCAGUGAGACAAUGAAACAGGUGAAAGAAACUAAACUACACCAGCCUUCACAAUGCCAUGAUUGUAAGAAAAAAUGGACAGAACUGGCCAAGAUUACCUUUCUCAGACAAAAGAAGACUUUAGUGGAGAAAGCUUUACUCCAAGAUAAAUUAGAAGAACAGAUUUAUGUCAAACUUCAAUAAGCUCAAGAUGGCAGCCACCUUGUGAAUUGUAGAUAUGGAAUGCAGAAGUUUUUCAUUUACAAUAUUCUCCUGCUUGGCAUGCACACUUCAUCCCUUAUCUUAUGGAUUCUCAAAUCACCCUGUUUUGUACCUGAAGCGAGUUUUGUAGUUGCUGGUUUUCCCACUACUCUUCAUUCUAACCUAAGUAUUUACACCAUGCUCAUCAUCAAGGUUCAUGAGUACCUAAUGCAAUGGAGGGGAGUAAGACCUAGUGAAAACUGGCCAUAGACUCAGGGAAAGAGGAGGAAGAGUGGCUCUGCAACAUACUCUUUCUAUCUGUCAGGAAGAAGCCCUUCCAACCCCAUAUUCUGCUGUUCAGACUCUUUGUUUCUGUAUUAUGCCUGGGGAGAUGGCUGGUCUGCAGCAGCAUCGACAGAUCAAAAGGGAUUUCCUCUUGAAAGAUAAUGUUGACCCGAUUAGCAUUCUGUCCCAUGGAUUCCUACUUUCAUGCUAGGAAAGCCUUCUGGAGUGGGUUGCUCUAGGCCCUGACAGCAUGGGCAUGCACCUAGGGAACUGAAUAAAGGCAGUGAGCCUCUUUGCCCCUGCCCAUCUCAGAUGUCCUGAGAUCCCUGGGAUUUCUCUGGUUUGCUGGCUCUCACAUCCUGCACACUCUGAUGUAGGGAGAAUCCUCGUUCUCUGAUGCAAUGUUCUGCAGGAUAUUGUGAGCUGUAACUCAUUAAAUUUGCUGGCCCUUCUAUGGGUAGCUCUGCACAAAGGAUAAUUUGGCCCUUAAGAUGGCCUGUAUCAUUAUAGUAUGUGACAGAUGGU